AUGGCUCCCAUAAAGAAGAAAAAAGAUAAAUAUGAAUCACGGAAAGAACAAGUUAAACAGAAUAUGAGAAAAAGAAGAGAGAGGGAAAGCUAUAGCCCGCAAGUUAAUGAUUUACCUGAACCUCCUCUUGAAACUCCAAGCAGACAACUGCUUCAAGGGAAAAGGCAAUCUAAGAAACACAGACGAAGGUUACACGCUACAAUAAAAAAGUUAGAAGCAAAGAAUGCAACUUUAAAAAGGAAAAUGGAAACAUAUAAAAGAAGAUGCAAUAGAUUAUUAUUAGAGAAAAUGAAAAAGAAGCGCUCUUCCAGACAGUCCAACAUACAAGGUAAAUGA